CAAUCAGCUGCGGAGCGUGGACGAGCCCACAGUGGGAGCCUCUCCUUUUCCACGGCAGUCAUGUGACAGACAGAGUACAACUCCGUGGGAGCAGAGAGCUGACGGACUGCAGCGCUGCGUGGACAUCUGUGGGAUCCAGUGGACGAAGCGGACCCUGAGCUGGGUGACACUCUCUGGAAAUCCUGCAUCCAGCCUGGACGCCUCGGAUUAUUUCCUGGACAACCGCAGGUGUUUCCUGGAGGGGGGGGCUUGGUCACCCUGGUUUUGUUUGGUCUACCCUUCUCCUCUGCCAAGGACUCGUUUUCUACAUGCCAGCGUAAACACAGACGGCAGCCAGUAGGUGGUGCCAGGGAUGGUGGAUAAGUCUGCAGUGAAGCGAGAGACUCUCUUUCCGUACGUUUGUUCUUCUCCAGACAUGGUGUCAGACCCGGGCUGCUACCAGGUCAUCCCAUCGCCCCCUUCAGAUGAUGAUGUCAGCCUGCGGUCCAGCCCUCGCUCCUGCUCCAGCUGCAGCAGCUCCAGCGCUGACAGCGUCCUGGACCACCUGCUGUCAUCACACACCUCCUCAUCCGUGUCACUGUCCACCGUCCAGUGGGGCUUCAGGAGAGAGGAGCCCUUCAAGCAUGAGUCCAUAAAGGAGGAAAGUUUUGACUUCUUCACUUGUUCAAAAGUGGAGACAGAAGAACAUCUGGGAGGGUCGUUCCAGCCCACACUGGAGGAGAUUGAAGAAUUUCUGGAGGAGAAUAUGGAGACGGUGACCAUGAAGCAGGAGGGGUUUAAAGUUGAGGCAGAGGAGAGGUUUGAUACCAAGUUAGAGCCAGAAACCAGCACAUCCAGUCCAGCCUCUGCUGCCUCUGCUGUGAGCAAAGCAGCUUCCAUCAACCCAACAGAUCAAUCAGGUGCAGGAGCCACCAUAACAUCAGCCAGCAAACCCUGUGUGGUAGAGCGGGCCGCAGGAAGAAACGGGAUUCCAGUAGUCCUACAGAUCCAACCCAUUGAGGUGAAGCAGGAGCCCACAUUGACCCCAGUUGCACCAGUGGCCCCGCCCUCACAGCCACCCUCAGCCUCAGAUAUCCAAGUCACACAGCUGCUGGUCAACAUCCAAGGCCAGACUUUUGCCCUGGUCCCCCACAUCUUGCCGUCUCCCAGCUUCAGUGUCACAAAGUUCGUCCGGAUUGCACCAGUCCCCAUUGCAGCCAAACCGCUAGGACUCAGCGACAGCUCUGCCAGCCAGGGAUCUGGGCUUCUCAGAGGAGGUCAAAGGUUCCAGAAGAAUCCUGUUUCAGAUCUGAUCAAAAUGCACAAAUGCUCCUUCCCCGGCUGCAGCAAAAUGUACACGAAAAGCAGCCAUCUGAAGGCCCACCUGAGGAGGCACACCGGGGAGAAGCCGUUCGCCUGCAGCUGGCAGGGCUGUGGAUGGAGGUUCUCGCGGUCUGAUGAGCUGUCCCGUCACAGACGAUCCCAUUCAGGAAUAAAGCCGUACCAAUGUUCCGUGUGUGAGAAGAAAUUUGCCCGCAGUGAUCACCUGUCCAAGCACAUCAAAGUCCACCGUUUCCCUCGAAGUAGCAGAGCAGUCCGCUCGGCGAACUGAUUCUUCUGGGGAUCACAGAUGGAGAGACUGGAAGGAUGUCGGCGGGACGUGACCCUGGACGUGACCUUGCUCUGGAUUUGUUGUGAUGAAGUGGAAACAGACCAGGUUCUAGAUUGGAUAUUGAACCUUCAGGCAUGUUGCUGUUUUUUCCACACUGAGACCUCAGACUUGGAGAAACACACGGGUUCUUUAGGCCUUCCUAAACAUACGCCUUACUGUUGCUUAAAUCCAAAGCAACCAGGCUUUGGUUCAGUUUUUGUGAAUAUGUUAAAUGAGAUUCUGAACCUGCCUGCUUAUAUUUGUUCUGUCCUUAUCUUUUGCAUCACCAGAAGAUACGAUAAGCUUGUUUUUAUUCAGCUGGGCUCAUACGAUGCUCUGCGUAGCAGCUUUGUAUGUCCAAACUAAACGCUCUGUUCAUUAUUAUCCACAGACCUCUGUCCAGGUCUAAACUGCCUCAAUCGCUGAGCAACUGGACUCCUGUCGUUCAACCAGCACCUCGUACACAGGGGAAAAAACGUUUUACCUUCUGAAAAACCUUCCGAUUAAAAUAAGGGGAGCUUUGACCCAGAAGCAGAAUGUCCGACUGUUUUAGUCAAAAAGAGGAGCAGAAGGAAAGAGAAUCCAGAACUUAAAAAAUAAAAAUAACUUUCUAAACAAGUUAAAUCAAA